AUGUUUUGUAGUGAUGACGAGAAAGGUGUCGAUGACGCCCCUUUAUCUUCAAAAGACAAAUUCUCUUCUAAAGUUAUGCGAGCAAUAGUUGAUCCAGUUGAACCAUCAAAAAUUUUACUAGUUAUUGAAGAUAAUAAAGAUCAUUCAGGUGGAAAUAAAGAAAUGGUAAAGUUGGUAAAAGGUUUGACUGUAUAUGGUAGUGAUGAAUGUAUACCCGAACUAAAUCAUCCCGUAAAAAAUGAUGAAGAGUUUAAAAUUGGGGAAAAAAUUCAGUGCAAAGCAUUAUUUACACCUUGUCAUACAAGCAGUAGUGUAAGUUUUUAUGUUCAAGAUGGUGAUGAUAAAGCAGUUUUUACUGGAAAUCAUGACAAUCUCUAUCCACCGAGUGCAUAUUUAGAAUUAUGCAAUAUAGAACCAAGUCAAGAAUUAAUUCUUAAUGGAGCGUUACGCAAAAACAAAGACAUGAUCUUAACUUUCGACCAUCUACAUUUGCCAUUACAACCAAAACUUACAAAAUUAGUUACCACCAAAACUACAAUUCAUAAUAACAAUAACGAUAUGGAAAUCAUAGAAGAACAAUCAUUCAAGCAAGACCUUGAACAUCAUCUUCUUCAUUUUAACGAUGAGAAUAACGACGAGAAUAAAUUACUUGGUUAUCCAUUUCCAUCAUUUCCACAAUUCCCAUUUCUUCUUGAACCUAAAUCAUUCUUGCCAAAUAACGAUAUUGAAUCACCUGAUGAUACACCUUUAAAUUAA